AACUCUGACUUUUCUUCUCGUUAGUUCUCUGCUGCAGGGUGCGCUGUGCGGAACGUUCAACGUCAAUAUACCACAGAAGAUAAAUGUUUUGAGAGGAUCCUGUGUGAACAUCCCCUGCUCCUUCGAUGUAGACAACACGCAUGAUAAGAACUUAGAUAAUUCAUGUAAAGCAUAUUGGAGUGAUUCAUCUUCAUUUACCAGUGAAAAUGCAAAACUAAAGCCAACUAAAGAAAUGACAGGAGACUUAACAAAGAAAGACUGCACCACAACUUUCAAUAAUGCAAGUCUUCUUCAAAGUGCUAAAUACUAUUUCAGACUGGAGUGUAAUAAUCCACUGAAAUUCACUUUUACCCAAGCUGGUGUAGAUAUUUCACUCAUAGCUGCUCCUCCCUCACCGACUCUGACUCCAUCCACACUGGAGGUGGAGGAGGGGGCCUCAGUGAGUCUGACGUGCUCUUCUCCAGCUCCAUGUUGGUCUCAUCCUCCAGCUCUGACAUGGAGCCCUAACCUGGGUCAGAGUCAGGAGACACUGCAGGAGAAUCAGGACAAAACUAAAGUCAAGACCUCUGUUAUGAAUUUCAAUGCUUCUCACCUCCAUCAUGGAAAUAAAAUCUCCUGCACUGCUGUCUACCAGAAACAAGAUGGUAUCCCUGAUGUCACUGCUGAAACAAGUUUAACUCCUGAUAUUUCAUAUUCACCUAAAAACGUUACUGUUUCAGUCAGUCCUUCUGGUCCAGUACCAGAGAACAGCAACGUGACUCUAACCUGCAGCAGUAAUGCCAACCCAGCAGUAGAAAACUACACCUGGUACAGUGCAGAUGGAAACCAGGAUACUUUUAUUGGGACAGGAAUGGAUUUAUCUAUUAAAGUCUCCAAAGACAGACGGAUAUUGUUUUGCAAAGCUGGAAAUGAGAUUGGAGUUGGACGUUCCAGCAGCAUUCAAAUUGAAGUUCAAUACCCUCCACAGAUCCUGUUCUCGUCACACUGCACCUCAACAGAAAGUCAGCUCAACUGUUCCUGUGAGACUCUGGGAAACCCGUCCCCCAAUAUACAGUGGUAUUUGAAUGGACUAACUGUCAAUCACUCUAAAUGCGAAAUAUUCAAUGAGACUCUGAACAGGACAAUUCUGAGGAGCUUCUUCACUCUGAAUCAGCCUCAUAAGAAGAAUCAUCUCACCUUGAUUUGUCGCACCGUCAACUCUCUGGGCUCGGCCAGUCAACAAUUUUGUGUCAGCAGCCAACAAGUUUCCACAGAACAUCAACUUCUGUAUCCAGCGAUAAUAUCCACUCUUGGAGUGCUACUGUUAGCACUGUUACUAUGUGUGUUUUUUAUCAGGGCUCAGAAGAGUCCCUGUAAAAAUAAAGGUCACUUAACAGACGAAAACAACACAGUUGCAACAAGUCAGCCUCUAACUGAAGAAGGAAAUGAGGAACCAAACACAGCAGAAGAGUGCAUUUAUGCAAACGCUGAUGGGCUGAGAGGGGCAGAAAAUUUUCACCCUGCAAACAUCGCUGGACCAAGCAGCACUAACUUUCCAAACUCUGGGCCAAACCAUGCAGAAGGAGGAUGCAAAAAAUCAGACAAGAAAGAGGACGAGUGCGAACUGAUUUACUCUGAUGUGAACUGGAAAAUGAAAAGCAAGAAAAAGAAGGGUGAAAAGUCUUUGGACAUGAAUCCAUCUGCCAGAUCUUAUUUGGAAGAGGAGAAGUGCAUGGUGAGGGGAGUUAACAGAAAGUCUGUGAGCAAUGCAGUAGAAAUGGGAGGCCUGUAUGCUCAAGUGGAGCCUAGAAAUAUGAGGAAGGAAGUGGGGUGUGAAUAUGCGCAAGUCAAAUUUAAAGAACAAAGCGCUAUGCAAAAAUAGAUAAAUAGUGCUGUGAAAAAAUAUUUACCCCAUAUUUCCUGAUGUCUUGCUUUGUGCAAAAUUAAACUAAUCUUAAUAUUUGGAAAAAAUAACUCAAGUAAAUUCAAAAUUCACUUAAAAAAAAAAGUCCAAAUCUAUUAAAAAAUUUUGAUUAUCUGAAACAUUUUAAUGUGACAAAUAUGGAAGGAAAUAAGAAAUCAGACAAAUACUUUUCAUAACAUAUUGCAACCUUUUGCAUUGUUGAGCUUACUACAAAACAAAUAAAUAGCUGGUCUGUUCUCUGGGUGUGUCCUUGACACAUGUAGUCACUAUGUGGCCAUUGAGCAAUACAAUUACAAUCCCUUCAUUCAGGCUUCUCUGGCACAGUAUCUCAGACACUGCCUGAUAUUUUCUUAAACUUGGUAACUACCAGGUGGCUACAACUGGUCCAAGGAGACCUGUUAGAGAAGCUAGGAGAAGCUCUGGACAUGAUUCAGCACACAAAUGGCCUGAGGAUAAAAACUCCUCUUGAGCCUCUCUGUUUUUGUUCGGAACCUUCUGCCCGAUUUCAGAAGCUGGAAGAGUUUGUUGCUGGGAUGGGAAUGGGUCCUUCAAAAUCUGAGUUAUUCUAGUCCAGCAUCUCCUGAUGUAAAUGUCCUGUAGGGAAGGGAGAGCAGUCCUGCAGCAGUGUUCUGCCGUACGGAUACUCUCUGAAGUGCUUUUUUAGCCUUGACACAGCUGUUUCCAUACCAGGAUGUGAUGUUCUGUGUGAGGAUGCUCUUCUCACACAGAACCUGUGUGAGGAUUUUCUAUACAGUGCCUGUAUAGAAAAUCCUGAGGAUCUUUGGAGAGACCCUGAACUUCCUCAGUUGUCGUAUGUGGUACAGGUGCUGCCUAGCCUUUUGGUCUGGACCUGAAUGUGGGCAGACCAUGCCAGGUCUGAGGAGAU